AUGGACCUAUCAUCUGAAAUAGAUAACUCACAGACGUUGGUAUACUUGUUGGUAUGGGCGGUGUACGCUUUGUAUUUGCAUCCUCUGAGCCGGUACCCUGGUCCCAAGCUUGCGGCCAUUUCGCCCCUCUGUCACCUUCUCUGGGAUAUCCAGGGAAGACAGCAUUCAGCGAUCAAAGAUCUACACGACAAAUAUGGAGAUGUUGUUCGUAUUUCUUCUAAUGCACUGGUCUAUCGAGAUGCUUCUGCUUGGAAAGAUAUCUAUGGUCACCGGAAGAAGGGACAAAGUACUUUUGUCAAGGAUCCUUCUCUAUAUUCUCCGACGCCAAAUGGUGUCAAUGCCAUCAUCACCGCCAAUGAACAGGAUCACCAGCGCAUGCGCCGUCUGCUGGCUCAUGCAUUCUUCAGCAAAGCUCUUGGUGAACAAGAAGGCAUUCUUCAUACCUAUGCUGACAUUUUGGUCGACAAGCUGGGAGGUGUAUUAUGUGAACAAUCUUCUCCAGUGGUUGAUUUGACUCGUUGGCUCGACUUUACUACAUUCGAUUUGAUCGGUGACUUGGCUUUUGGCGAACCUUUUGGCUGUCUGUCAAACAGCACGUACCAUUGGUGGGUACUUAUCAUCUUGGAUGCUGUCAAGGCAAGUGCGUAUCUCAAAGUCUUCUGGUUUUAUCCGCUUCUGCUUCCAUUAUUCGCUCUGUUGGUUCCAAAGCAUCUUCUGGAGAAAAGAACUGCCAGUUUCAAUUUGAGCGUGGAAAAGAUGCGUCGCCGGCUCAACAGCAAUACCACCAGACCUGACUUCACCUCAUACAUACUCAAGCACAGCAAGGGCGACGUGGGACUCUCGCCUUCCGAGAUUGACGCCAAUGCCGCUGUUUUUGUACUUGCGGGUAGCGAAACCACUGCUGCACUGCUAUCAGGCUGCAUGUAUUACCUUCUCUGCCACCGUGACAAGUACACUUGUCUUGUUCGGGAGAUCCGCAAUGCCUUCGAAAACCCGUCUGAUAUCAAGCUGGCACGCAUUGCUUCGCUCCCAUACCUUAAUGCCGUCUUGACUGAAACCCUCCGCAUAUACCCUCCCAUUCCGGCUAUGCUUCCCCGUCUCGUGCCGGCGGGUGGAGCCGUUAUUAAUGACAGUUAUGUGCCUGGAGGUGUUUCUGUCUCAGUCUCCUUGUACUCAUCCUUCCACGCAUCCGCCCACUUCAAGCAACCCGACUCCUUCGUCCCGGAGCGCUGGCUCACCAGUGCAGAGUCCAAGGAUUUUGCUUUCGAUAAGAAAGAAGCGUUCCACCCAUAUUCAUAUGGACCGAGGAACUGUCUGGGUCAGCACCUUGCUAACGCGGAAAUGCGUCUGAUUCUUACAAAGCUUCUCUGGUACUUCGAUUUCGAGCUCCAACCCGAGUCCUUGAACUGGUCUGAGCAGAGUUCUUUUUCUCUUUGGUCUCGCCCCGCGCUGAUGGUAACUCUCGCCCGUGCUGGAGGGGUUUGA